CAAUAGUCUUUGUCCAAGAUCUUCCACCAUUCUUAUUAAGGUUAUCAAAAGAGGGUGAAGGAGGAGGAGAUGGGGUAUGCAGGCGGAGGGCAGUUUCUCCAUAGCAACAAAUGACAAAACAAGCCAGUUCAGCAGCAGACAGGCAAAAGGGAUGAGUGCAGCUGCUGAACAGAAGCACACACACUUGUGCUGUGGAGUCCCGCUCACAUAGGGGGAAAGAGGAAGACCAGCUCGGACAGGAUCUGUAAAGCGGGGCUCCUUUUGGAGUGAAAACAAAAGAGGAAACGCAGAGGAUUUGCAGAGUUUUAUGACUGAAGUGAGUUAAGGCGCUGGGAGGCAACAGGCAAGGAAGGCACAUACUCAUACCCUCCAAGCAUGGACCGAGACAGCCAGAGCGAGGACACUUUGUCCACCAUGGUUCUGGAGAACAUUAAAAACAAACUGAUUCAUGCCUUCAGGGCAACAGGAGAGUCCAGAGAAGAUCCUCAAGAGUCUGGCUCCACUGUUAGGCCAGUAAGCAUUGGCAGAAGUUACCAAGCCAAUGAAGAGCUGCGGAGGGCGCAGAUAGAUGGAGCGAUAACCUGGCUGAGGUCUGAACUGCUGGAGAUGCGCUCACAAGACCUGCAGUUGGCUCAAACACUGCUGGGGCUCAACACAGAGAUCCAAAGACUGAGGAGGGAGAGUUUCGGGUGUGUGGAAGUAGAGGGGGAUGAUCAGCAGUAACUGGCUCCGGCCGAGAGCCCCUUCUCCAGGGGAAGCCGUUGAGGGAGAGCAGGUGGGGAAAUGCUCUUUCUGGAAGUCAUGGCAUGGAUGGAAGUGCCUCUGAUGCAACUGAAAACUCUUUGAACAGUUGGUUUUGAGUGUGAUAAUGGCUCAUUGUAAUAAAAAGUGUCAUGUUAAAAAAAACAGCCAACAGUUGAAUGUAAAGGAAUCUGAUAAGAGGAAAAAGAAGAACAAAAUGUGCUUAGCUUUAUGUGUUUUGUUUUUGUUUGUUUUUUUUUUAGAUAUGUUGCACUUAUGCAGAAUUGUGCUAAAGAAGCCUGUUUGUACGUGUUUUGUUUCCUUGCUAAGUCAGGAAAUAAGAGAUUUUGAAUGUAAAAAUGAACUAGAAAAUUGCUUUGUCAUAAUUUGAUGUUAUGGUAUGACAAAAUAAAUAACAUUUGCACCAUCAGUGAUUUCAUGUC